CAAGCGUUGCCACCUGAGGAGUCUGGUAGCCAAGGCAGGGGCCGGCUCAACCCAGACACCGCGAGAAGUAACAGGCCUCGCGAGACCGGACCUCUCGUCCCUGACAGGCGGGUGUCCUUUCAGGGGGUUAUGGGAGCGAUCUGGCGUCCGGGAUGGAGGCUUGUUGCUUUUUGUGGCUGGCGAUGGAGCCAUCCUGGAUCCCCGACUGGGGCUGCGGGGAGGGUAGAGCCGUUCCUUAGCCUGGAGUGGAGUGGAACAGGAGGGGCUGAGAGAGGGCUGAGACGGCUGUGGACAUGGGAACGCCGGAGACCGGCCCGGGACCCAGCCGCGCAGUGGCGGCGGCGACCGAAGAGCACAAACCCUUUCACACGGGCGCAGGAGGAGGACUGGAGGCGGCGGAACAAGACGGUGCUCACCUACGUGACCGCGGCCGCCGUGGGCAUGCUGGGGGCCUCUUACGCCGCUGUGCCCCUUUAUCGGCUCUAUUGCCAGACUACUGGACUUGGAGGAUCAGCAGUAGCAGGUCAUUCAUCAGACCAAAUUGAAAACAUGGUGCCUGUCAAGGAUCGAAUCAUUAAGGUUACCUUUAAUGCAGAUGUGCAUGCAAGUCUCCAGUGGAACUUUAGACCUCAGCAAACAGAAAUAUAUGUAGUACCAGGAGAGACUGCAUUGGCAUUUUAUAAAGCUAAGAAUCCUACUGACAAACCAAUAAUUGGAAUUUCUACAUACAAUGUUGUACCAUUUGAAGCUGGACAGUAUUUCAAUAAAAUACAGUGCUUCUGUUUUGAAGAACAAAGGCUUAACCCCCAAGAGGAAGUAGAUAUGCCAGUAUUUUUUUACAUUGAUCCUGAAUUUGCUGAAGAUCCAAGAAUGGUGAAUGUUGAUCUUAUCACUCUUUCUUAUACCUUUUUUGAAGCAAAGGAAGGGCACAAGUUGCCAGUUCCAGGCUAUAAUUGAAGUAGCAACCAAGUCCUACUUCAGAUUUAUGAUUUUUGAGAAAUCAUGUAUCCUGCCUUCUCAGAAGAGAAAUAUUCUGUAAUGAGAUGAAGUGAAGCCUUCUAUUUUGAGCAUUUUUUUUAAAUAAAAGAACAGUUUCAGCUUUUUACCAUAAGAAACCCACAUGUUUAUAUAGACUGUAUGACUGUUUACUACCAUAUUUAAGAAUGUGAUAAUAUGAAGAGAAACUGCUUUGUUUCUUACAUGUGCAGGCAUGAACUUGAUCAUUGUUCAGCUUAAUUCUAUAGUUGCUUUUCAAAUUAUUGGCCCUUCAUACACACACACACACACGCCCACAGUUAUCUGUUUCAGGCUAUAGAACAGAACUUUGGACCAUGUUUAUUUAUCUCCAAAACAGCUAUUUUCCUUCAGUGUGAAUGG